AGUCAGAUUUUCCUUGGGGAGAGGUGGAUUUGAAACUCUUCCCAUCACCUGUCUAAUCCUGGAGGGGUCCAAUCCUGAUCCUUCAGGAAUCAGGGAAGUUGCUGUUUCUUUAGAGGGACAGCUGUUAUCUGGAGGGGCUGAGAGUUGAACAAUGCUGUGAAUCAGAAAAAGUGGAACUGUGGUGGCAGGCAGAAGGUGCUGUGGAAGUGCUUUGGAUCUGUGAAGACUGCCCAGGGUCUGGAGGUACUCGGAAAAACCAUGGUGGUGGCUUCUAGGACUCCAGUGCUGUUCAGCAGCCAGCAUCAAACUUAAUUUUCUUCUCAGAAAUAGAUGAACUGUCUAUUUUUGCUUAGUGAGAUUUAAUCAUCACCAUGCUGUUUGCUCAUGACAGCAUUUUUAGUAGACUGCCCUCCAUUGCAGCAUCCCCUUAGCAGGGAGGAGACCACUUUUGAAGUUCUGCUCCACCAGGGCUCUCUGACGGGUCCCAUUUGCAGCAACCUGCCUGGUGUCACCCCAUAGCUCAGCAGUCUUAAGGUUCAGGGCUGCCUUUUUUUAUCUUUCUUUUUUUUUGGGGGGGGGGGGGUUUGUUUUUGUGUUUGGAAUUUUGUGUGUGCGCAUUUUUGUGCUGGGGGGUUGUUUUUAAUUUUAGUUUUUUGGAGUUUUUUGUUUGGUUUUGUUUUUUGGGGGUUUUUUGUGUUUUUUUUUUUUUUUUUUUUUGUUUUGGUUUUUUUUUUUUUUUUUUCAGAACUGCCCGACCUGAUGUCAUUUCCCUGUUGCAAACACCCCGGCUGGGCUGCGUCUGAGAUAUGUCACAGGGAGUGGGAGGAGGAGGAGGGGGAGCCAGUGAGUGCGUGCAGUGUCCCAGGACCCUGUUUAUUUAGCAUUCCCAGCUGAGGAAGCCCUGGUUUAAAUAGGAUCAGAGGAGCGGGCUGCCCACAGCAGAUGAAGAAAUGGUUGCUGUGGGGCUUUAAAUUCCUGCCUUCCCAUGUGCUGGCGUGGAGGAUGAGCCUGCAGAAUGCCUUUCCUCCUGGGUCUCAGACAGGACAAGGAAACCUGCAUGGGUGUCAACAAUCAAAGUUACAUAUGUGAAACGGGCCACUGUUGUGGACAAUCCCAGUGUUGCAACUACUACUAUGAACUCUGGUGGUUUUGGCUGGUGUGGACCAUCAUCAUCAUCCUCAGCUGCUGUUGUGUUUGCCAUCACCGCCGCACCAAGCACCGCCUGCAGGCCCAGCAGCGGCAGCACGAGAUCAACCUGAUCGCCUACCGGGAGGCCCAUAACUACUCAGCCCUGCCCUUCUAUUUCCGGUUUUUGCCAAAUUAUUUGCUACCUCCCUAUGAGGAAGUGGUGAACCGACCGCCGACCCCCCCGCCCCCGUACAGUGCCUUACAUCAGCAGUGUGUCCCAGCAGGCAGCAGUAGCACAAUCCCGGACACGCCCAGAGCCCUGCAGCCAGCACAGAGCAGCUCUGCAGCACCCAGCAGCAAUACCAGCAGUACUGACAGCACCGGGGCGCCCGGCCGCGGGGACCCCGAGCCCUCCUCCACCGUGCUGGGUGAGAGAGCCGUGGCCAAAACGCAAAGCAUGGAGCCCGGCAGCGCCAGCACGGGAGCCGAGCUGGUGGAGAGGGCCAGUCCCGAUAAGGAUACGGAGUGCAAGGAGGAACUGCUGAAAGGUUACAGCUCUGAGAGCUUGGAGCAGAGCGGCGCCAUCCCCGACGCCAAGGACAAGACGCCGGCCAGGCAGCGCCGUUUCACCGGCGACUCGGGCAUAGAAGUGUGCGUGUGCAACCGGGGUCAUCACGACGACGACCUCAAGGAGUUUGAUGGGCUCAUUGACGACGCUCUGGACGGGCCCCUGGACUUCUGCGACAGCUGCAGCGGCCGUCCCCACGGGGACGAGGAGGAAGGGCUCUUCAGUGCCACGGAGGAGCAGCACCGCGAACACAGCCACCACCACCUGCCCCGGCAGCCGGUGUGUGUACUCUUGAACACAAUAAAUGAGCAGGACUCUCCAAACUCUUGUACCAAUAACUCCCCCAGCUAAGGCGGCAGAGUGGAAGGGAGAAUCGGGGGGGAAAAAAAAAAAUGGAAUAAGAGGAUUAAAACUUUAACAGGAGGAAAAGGUGAUACAACCUUCUUUUUUUUGUUUUGUUUUGUUUUGUUUUGUUUAUUUUUCUUUCUCCCCUCCAAUAUAAUAUGGGGACUAGACCUCAAAGGCCCAGCUUGUGGGGGACGGGUCACUCUGGGUUUUGUUAAUCGUAUCUGCCCUGCUCCAUUGAGCAGGGACUGAUGUUUCUCAAUGAGACCUUCUAAAAAAUGGAAUUUUUCCAAUGGUGAUUUUGGUGAUGGUUAUUUUGAGUUUGUUGGCUUUAGUUUUCUGAAACACUGCUUUAUCUUUCAAUCAGUAAAACUCAGCAAAUCUCACCCUGGGAGGAUACCAGAUCACCAUAAGGCUUCAACCUCCAGGUGUCUUCCCAGAAGCGAGCAGCUUCUGACAGUCAGCAGUCAGUAGCCCAAGAGUUCUGGUUUAAUAUAGUGCUCUUGAGGCAUUGGGGAUUUCUUUUCAUCUUUUUUCCUUUUCUUUUUUUUUUUUUUUUUUUUUUCUUUCCUGGUGUUAAGUUUCUCUGAAGCUGGCGAAUGCCCAAACACAUCAGCCCUAUAAUCUCUGGUGCUUCAGUGUUUAAGACAGCAGGUAGGAAAUUUCCCACUUGAAUCUGGUGACUGGAGGACCAGUUUCUUCGAGAAGGAGUGUUAGUCUACCUUAGGCAGUUUGAAAAGAAAGGGUUUGCAGAAAUUUGCCUUUAUGUGUCAUUUUUAAACGCAGGUGUGUUCCUUCAAUGCCUCCAAGAGCACAGUUAGCAGUAGAAUCCAGGCAGCUGGGCUGCCUUCCAAGUACUGUGGUCUCCGAAUGACCUUUUCCCGGUGUGCUGCAAAAGGGCUUGGCUUUAUUUUUGUCCUUUUUUUGCACCCCGACAGCAGCACACUGGAGUUCAGAUGACAAAAGAACAGGGCUCUCCUUGGCCAGCGUGCCUUCAAGCUUUAGCGAUGCAUGUUGAACAAAUGGAGACGAGAGCUCCGUCCAUUGUGAAAGGGAUGAUUUACCUUGUAGAUGUGGAAGACCUGUGCAGUAUUUUUUUUUUUUAAUCCAAAAGUUUGGUGCGAUUCUAAUGAUGACCACUAAAAGAAAUGAAUGUCUGUUUUCUUUUUCUUUUCAGUUUUUUUUUUAUGGUGGCAACUGGCUACUGUAUAAUGUCUGUGAGCGUGUGUGUAUGACUGCAAUCCAUGCAUGCGAGUCCUACUGGUAAUAUGAAAACCUGCUGUAAGACUGCAAGAAAAUUUACUGUAGCUUUGCUUUAAUAAACAGUAGAGAUUUUUGUUAGUAACAACCUGAAGGAAGAAAAAAAGAAAAAAAAAAAGGAAAAGCUGAAACUAACAUUCCCUAGAGUGCUCGUGUGGAAGAGAGCACAGUUCAGACUGUGUAACUUGUUCUCGGGAUUUCUCCCCAUCCCUUUUAUAAUUGUGGUCGUCCAGAUCAUCACUGUUAUGGGGAAAAAAACCCAUUGAAAUCUGAACUCAGACAUACUCAGAUCUGAUUGAUUGAAAACCAAAAUCAGUUUUAACUAAGGUGGAAACCAAAAUAUAAUGCCUUUUCUGAUAA